CACGGCACGGUUCAUCUGUCUGUCUGUCUGUCUAUAAAUAGACAGGCAUUAAGAGAAACUAGCUAGCUAGGAUUCAUAUUCAUGGAGCUUAAGACUACUCUUGUUUUCAAGGACGAGAUGAUGAGAGGCGCAGGCGCAGCUCACAAGAUGAACCUGGGCGACGACGAACCUGCCGCCGGGCCAGUUCUGUCACUUAGCCUUGGACCGGCGGCGAACGCGAACCGCGCAAGUUUCCGCGCGGAAGGACGACGAGGGGAGAUCAGCGCCAGUAACGACGCCGACGACGGGACCGGUCUGGCCCUCGGUUUGCGCUGCGGCGGCGGCUCUGGCGCCAAGCGGCAGAGGGUGGUAAUUGUAGACAACGACGACGGAGGAAGCAGCGAGAAGGCGCUGCGGCGGCUGCCGGGGGCGCCCCCGCCGCCGCCGCAGCAGAGGCCGGACCGCGUCACCGUCAGGACGCGGUGCAGCGCGGCCACGGUCAACGACGGGUGCCAGUGGAGGAAGUACGGCCAGAAGGUGGCCAAGGGCAACCCGUGGCCGCGCGCCUACUACCGCUGCACGGCCACGCCCGACUGCCCCGUCCGGAAGAAGGUCCAGCGGUGCGCGCACGACACGGCCGUGCUGGUCACCACGUACGACGGCGUCCACAGCCACCCGCUCACGCCCUACGCUGCCGCCGCCGCCGCCGCUCGACGCGCAAGCUGCGACGGCGCGCCGCCGCGGCUGGCCUUCCCGCUCGCCGCGCUGCCGCAACGCUACUGUUCGCCCAGCGGCGCCGUGGCCAUAUCCGGUCUGCCGGCUGCGGCGUCGAGUCACGGUCACGGCAACGUCGUCCCGAUGGCUAGCAUCAUGCAGAAGGCGGUCGCGGACCCCAACUUCCGUGCGGCGGUCAUGGCCGCCGUCGCCAGCUACGUCAGCGAGCAGUGCGGUGGAAGAAAUAUCGACGACGGCGCCUUCACCUUGCCACCUCCCGGCUAACUCAUAUGCAUGGGAUCACAAAUACUACUCGCUACUGCGUGAAGAUGGAUAGCUAGGAAAAGGAAUUAUGACAUGUAAAUUUAUCGUCCCAUUCGAUUUCAUUUGUUCUUUACUUACCAAUCACCUGCUUCGGGUCGUUGUAACACCAUUAUUUUCAUUCGCGAUUCUCAUGCACAAGAUUCGGAUUUUCUCUUGUAAUUAAUUAAUAACAAUUCUUUUCCGAUGAAA